AUGAACCACGCCGACGGACGCCUGCUCGUCAUCAAGGUGCUCGGGACCUUCCUGGGCGACGCUGCUGAGGCCUCGCGCCGCCUCGUCGAGCGGGUGCGCCGUGCGCUGGCGCCGCUGGCGGGGCGGGAGGGCGUGUGCGGCCUCCACGACACGCGGCGGUGCAACCUCGCGCUCCAGAUCCAGGUGACGCUCAAUCGCUUCUGCGCGAACGCCUCCCUCAACUACUUCCUCCGCACGAUGCCGGAGGAGGCGACGCGGGAGGCGGCACGGCUGCACGAUCGGCUCAUCGGCGAGGCGUUCAACGAGCUCACGGCGGGGCGCUUGAGCUCGACGGCGCAGCGCAGGGCGGCGCUGCAGCAGGCGCGGCUGCCAGUCAAGCUCGGCGGCGCCGGCCUCACCUCCAUGUCGGCGGUGGCGGCGGCGGCGGUGGCGGCGGCGGGGGCGGCGGCCGGGCAGGCGGAGGCGGAGUCGGCGGUCGAGCAGGCGCUGGCGGCGGUGUCUCUCAAGGCGCGGUACGCUCGCGAGGCGCGCGUGCGCGGGGCGGCGGGCGGCGGCGGUGGUGGCGGCGGUGGCGGGGAUGCUGAGAUGCGGGCCGGCGAGAGCAGCGAGGGCGGCGAGGGCGGCGAGGGCCUCGAGGGCGGCGAGGGCGGCGAGGGCGGGGAGGCGGGCGGCGCCACUCUAGGCGGCGGGGGCGGGGCUGGCGCGGCGGGGGGCGGCGCCGGCCUCGCCGCCGGCGGGGGCGCGGAGGGCGCCGAGUCGAGGGCGGCAGAGGCGGCCAAGGCAGCGGUGGGCCGCGGGCUGCGCGGCGACGAGGUGGUGGACGCGAUCCGACGCGCGGGCGUGGUCUUGCUGCCGGUCCACCUCGACGUCGCACGCCGCCAGGCGCGGCUGGUGCGGUUUGUCUCGGUGAGCCAGUUCGGCGCGGGCGCGUUCUUGAACGCGAUCCCGACCCGCGCGCACUUCCGUCUGCCCUCGUACGUGCUGCGCUUCGCGCUGCAGCGCCGCUUCGGAUUGCACCUGUCGAUGAUGACGGACGUCAUGGCGGACGGCAUCUACAGCCAGCACGGUCUGCCCUUUGACGCCCUCGGCGACGUGGCGCAGAACGACGGCGCGGCGGGCCACCAGACGCGGCACAAGGAGGUCCUCCUGGACCUGGUCGAGCUGCUGCGGGGCAAGCUUGGGCACGGCGCGGUGGAGCACGAGUUUCACUGCAAGCACAGCACUACGAGGACGGACCUGUACAUUUACCAGGGCGUGAUAGGGGACCUGCCCUGCAUCGGCGACACGAAGAUCUUUGCCAGUGUGCCGUCGGACCCCUCGGGGGCGGGGCGCAUGGGGGCGUUCGUCGCUUGCGGCAACACGCUGCCACGCGCCCGCGAGACGGUUUUGGGCGUGGAGGGCGGGGACAGGGGCGGGAGGGUGGGGAGGUGGGACCCGCGGACGGGGUCCGGGACGGUCGAGGCCGUCAAGGGCCAGUACGCGGACGCAGAGGGGAAGUGCCGUGUGGAGGCGCUGCUCUUCGAGGAGUUCGGCGCGAUGAGCGCGUGGGUGGAGGAGCUGCUGAGGCGGGUGGCUGAGGUGGCGGGCCGGAAGCUCACAUGGUGGCAGUACGACCAGACGUCGUGGUCGGCGCGCGAAUGGAUGCCGUUUGCGCUGCAGCGACUGUCGGUGCAGCUCUGGGUGGCGCUCGCGGACGAGGCACAGCGCGCCAUUGGUGCGGCGUCACGCGGCCGCGAGGGACCGCGGGGGAAUGCUAGUGGGAUGGGGGGCUCUGAGGGGAAGGGAGCGGGGGGCGCCCAGUAG